AUGAAUCGUUCGCAACAGUCGUUCAAGCUUGUUCUUCUGGGCGAAUCGGCUGUGGGGAAGUCCAGUCUUGUCCUUCGAUUUGUUAAGAACCAGUUCGAUGACUACCGGGAGAGUACAAUUGGAGCCGCCUUCCUCACACAGGUGGUACCACUGGACGACAACACUUCGGUGAAAUUUGAAAUAUGGUUUGCGCCAAUGUACUACCGAAAUGCCAACUGCGCUGUUGUUGUUUACGAUAUCACACAAGCUUCUUCAUUAGAAAAAGCCAAGUCUUGGAUCCGCGAACUCCAACGCCAAGCGGAUCCUUCAAUCAUCAUAGCCCUCUGCGGCAACAAGACAGAUCUAGAACCAAGAAGGCAGGUCACAACGGAGGAGGCACAAAAGUACGCCGAUGAGGAAGGUUUGUUGUGGUUUGAGACAUCUGCCAAGUCUGGUGAAGGUGUGGAAGGUGUGUUCAAGGCGCUCGCACACAAACUCCCGAAGAAUCCUCCGCCGGCGGCCAGAGGGGUCGCUGGGGCAGGACAAGCGCCACGAACUCGUGUGGACCUUAACAAGCAGACACCCAACACUCCUGGUCAGGACGCUUGCAACUGCUAG